AGCCAAUCAGAGCUAGCCAGGCGAUGACUAAUGGAACCAUCUCGAUGCAUGACGCCGCCUUCCCGCCCGUCAACUUUACGCGCUUCUUCAGAGUCGCAUCCCACCCGCACACCUUUACUUAACUUUUUCAACACUUGCAACCAAACAAACACGCCCUGUGAACAAAGAAAAUCCUCUUGUUUGGCGCUCAUCAACAUCAUUUAUCAAAAUGUCUGAAGAAGAAAAAGAGCUCCUUGCUCGCAUCGGGCAGCUUGCCGGCCAAAUUAACCGACACAAGAACCAGCAGUCCGCACCACGCCCUGUGGCAAACCAUCAUCCUGGCCACAAUCGUCACAACACUUAUCGACAUGUCAACGCACCCUACCCGCCGCGAGCAAACCGGACCAGUCGACCGCCAGUUCACCACCACCGUACCUUGCACCUUAAUGCUACGGGAGGCCCGGUCAACUCCGGAUCGUCUAGCAAUGGAUCUGAAACCCCACCAGGUUGGGUGGCUAGGAAUGAUCGCCAUCGCCAGCUCAUCAACGCGAAUGUUUACGAGAAAGAAAGCCAAACCCGGACGAAAGCGAUCGAGGAAACGCGACAGCGAAAGCUGAGCGGCCAUCGGCAUCGCGAAAAGACUCAAUUCAAUGACUUCUUGAAUCGCCAAGCUGGUCCCUCAAAUGCCCCCACUAACACUGCAGGUAGAAACGAGAUUGCGAUCGAGGGUAUACUGUUCCGCGUAGUAGACGGAGGCAAAAAACUUGUCAAAGUUCCCGGUGCGUACCGACGACGGCAACUGUUUGAUCGUCCUCGUACCUUACACAGUACAGAUGCUCCCAACUCGUCAUCGCACACUCCUAAGACCGCGGUAGUCGCUGGCGUCAAGUUUCACCGGACUAAAACAGGAAACCUGGUUGCCAACAGAAUCGUCAAUGACCAGCGGCGAUCCGGAGCGGUCAAAAAGGUCAACGAGCCUUGCAAGAUGUUCUCAACGACUGGUAAUUUCUCUUUCCAUGAUGGGAGCCAUACAACAAACGAUGAACUGGACCAACCCGGCGCGGGGUUGGACAAUACUAACAAACCUUCCAUAGGAUCUUGCCCCAAAGGCCCUCGGUGUCGUUAUAUGCACGACCCUACCAAGGUGGCACUGUGUAAAGACUUUCUGAAAGAUGGCAGAUGCGCAAACGGCGAGUCCUGCGACCUUUCUCAUGAUAUUACUCCCGAGCGCACCCCGAACUGUGUGCACUAUGCCAAGGGGUAUUGUACCAAACCUGACUGUCCCUAUACUCACUCCAAAGCCCCCCCAAGCGCACCCGUAUGCCGAGCAUUUGGAUUCAAUGGGUAUUGUGAAAAGGGGGCAGACUGCACUGAACGUCACGUGUUUGAAUGCCCUGACUUUAGCAAUACUGGCAGGUGUAAGGUCAAGGGAUGUAAACUCCUCCAUCGUGAGAGGGCAAGCGUCCUUCGAAACCAAGCCAAGACGGACGAGGCCAUGGAAGAUGUCUCGAGCGAUGACGAGGCGCCUGAUUCUGAUGAUGUGGAUUCAGAUGAGGUGGCCGAGUUUAUUGACGCAGACUCUGAUGGCUCGGACUUUGAGGACCACAAAGACUUCCUUUCCAUUUGAGUUGUCUCUAGUUACGGGAUCGAACCCUACUCUACCGAGAAAGACUAUUCGUUUUUUUACACGGCUUGACUUUACUAUGAACAGAAACGGGACGGCGACCAUCUUUGGCGACUUGUUCUAUUCUAUCCGGCGUUCAAGGAUAUGGGAGAUUGUCUGAGGAUAGUUGUUUGAGAUACCCCUGUCUGCUUGCACACGGAAACCUUGAACAUCAAGGCCACGAGAAGAAGAAAGAAGAGGAAGAAAAACCCCCCCCCCCCCAAAAAAACGAAGCGAGAAGCAGAAAUCCCCGAAAAGGGACUUAUGAAUAGUCAGAAUAGAUGAUGAUUUAGAAAGAAACUUGUUUAACGAGGCAGUGUAUCCCGGUCCCUACCUUAAUUUGUGUGAUGCUGCAGCUCAAGGCGCCAUGUGCCUGCCUCUUG